AUGCGCCGGUGCGCGGAGGCGAUCGCGAGGACCGUGCUGGCCUUCCUCGACGCCGUCAUCCUGGGCUGCCUCCGCUCAUGCUUCGGCGCACGCCCCCGCCGGGGCUCUGGCCGCCGUGAUGCGCUCGUGCACGGGGAUCAGGCCGCGGCGGCGGAGGUCAUCUGGGAUGACGAGGAAGGUUUGGUAAGGGAUGGACGAGUUCAUGAGGAUUUUGCUGACGGGGGUGGAAUUGAUGAGGAGCUUAGACACGAGGCAAGUUACCUUAAGCUAUGCGGCACUAUUUCUGAAACCCCAGCUGAACUUUGCAGUGAGGAGUCAUAUGAAAACAAUUUGGAAAAUACUAAUGAGUGUGACAACAAGCCCACUUCUGGACCACCAGCGAACAGUAAGUUGCUGUUUGAAGCUAAUUCAUCAGAAGGAUGUGAGGACUGUCACUCGCUCAGGUAUGAACUGAACACUGAAGAUGCUGGCCAUCAUCAUGGAGUUGAAUUUGUUCCUCAUUCAGCUUCCUCGGAAAAGAGAUUGUUUCAAAACAUCCAGCACAAGCCUCUUGAUUCUAGUGGUUCACCGUUCCCAACUCCUCUAGUUCUCAGGGAUGAUAUGCAGACCCCUGGAACAGCCUAUGCUUCACAUAGAGGGACUUCUGUAUCUGGAAAGCGUGUGCGAACACGGAAACAAUUCAUAUACCCUGUCCUCAGAUCCAUCGAGAACAGACUUAAGCAAACAGAACUGACAGAAGAUUCUUCACCAUUAGCAUCGUUCAAUCCUCUAAAAGGGAGAAACUUGGAAUCAGAUCCUAUCAAGGAUCCAACCCAAAGAUCUUCAACUUCAGUGGUUAUAUCAGGAUUGUCUGAAACUCCAUCAUAUUCUGCACCUGAUCCUAAUGCUUCAUACGAAGUAAAAGAAGCACUGUCUCCCGAUGAGUUACUCGAUGGCAAAGGACUACCAAAAUCCAACUCAGAUGAAAAGAAUGUUGCAUUGAGCCUGUCCCGCUGGCUGAAAUCCUCCUCCGCAGAUGCUGAGAAUCAAGGUGAUGUUAAGUGUCCAGCAGGGGAUCAAUCGUUUGAUGACUGCAGCUUUCUAACUGAGAAGCCUGUCCUCGCGGCAUCUGAUCUGAACUUGGAUACCGAUAACCCCACUCCUAGGUUACCCAAGGCAUGGGAUGGCAACGGUAUUCCCAACACAACCACCAGAUACAAAGAGGAUCAAAGGGUCAAUUGGCACACCACGCCAUUUGAACAAAGACUGCUGAAGGUGUUAUCUGAUGAGGACCGUUGCCCUCCAAGGAAAGUCGUCCGGGGGAAGUUGUUCCAUCUCGAGGAGAAAGCUGAGUAG